GGACUUCUCUGGCACCUGUGCCUAAGUUUUCCCAGGGUCCCGGGAUGGAAGCAGCUCACCUGGAGUAGGGAGGGGUUGGAGGAGAAGAAGAAGGAGGGCUUCAGACCAGAUGCCAACUCUUUGCUGUCUCCUGCCCAGUUCUCCAAGGAGAAGUACAUCCUGGACUCUUCCCCUGAGAAACUGCACAAGGAGUUGGAGGAGGAACUCAAACUCAGCAGCACAGAUCUCCGCAGCCAUGCCUGGUACCACGGCCGCAUCCCCCGUGAGGUAUCAGAGACCCUGGUGCAGCGCAACGGCGACUUCCUCAUCCGGGACUCUCUCACCAGCCUGGGUGACUAUGUGCUCACCUGCCGCUGGCACAACCAGGCCUUGCACUUCAAAAUCAACAAGGUGGUGGUGAAGGCCGGGGAGAGCUACACACACAUCCAGUACCUAUUCGAGCAGGAGAGCUUCGACCACGUGCCCGCCCUUGUGCGGUACCAUGUGGGCAGCCGCAAGGCAGUGUCGGAGCAGAGCGGGGCCAUCAUCUACUGCCCUGUCAACCGCACCUUCCCGCUGCGCUACCUGGAGGCUUGCUAUGGCCUGGGCCAGAGCAGCGGCAAGGCUGCUGGCCCUGCCAGCCCCUCGGGCCCCAAGGGCAGCCACAUGAAGCGGCGCAGCGUCACCAUGACCGACGGGCUCACCGCCGACAAGGUCACCCGCAGCGAUGGCUGCCCCACCAGCACCUCACUGCCCCACCCCCGGGAAUCUAUCCGCAACUGUGCCCUCAGCAUGGACCAGAUCCCAGACCUGCACUCGCCCAUGACACCCAUCUCUGAGAGUCCCAGCUCCCCUGCCUACGUGACCCGUGUCCACGCCACCCCUGCAGCUCCCUCAGCCACAGCGCUGCCUGCCUCCCCUGUCACCCGCCGCUCCAGUGAACCCCAGCUGUGUCCCGGAAGUGCCCCAAAGCCCCCUGGGGAGUCGGACAAGGGCCCUUAUGCCAGCCCCUCCCACACGCUCUGCAAGGCCUCCCCAUCACCAUCGCUCAGCAGCUACAGUGACCCGGACUCUGGCCAUUACUGCCAGCUCCAGCCUCCUGUCCGGGGCAGCCGAGAGUGGGCAGCCGGUGAGGCCUCCAGCCGGCAGGCCAGGAGCUAUGGGGAGAGGCUAAAGGAACUGUCAGAGAAUGGGACACCUGAGGGGGACCGGGGCAGGGCCUUCAUAGCCCCCAUUGUGGAAGCCACCUCUUCCUUCAACCCAGCCACCUUCCAGUCACUACUGAUCCCCAAGGAUAACCGGCCGCUGGAGGUGGGCCUCCUGCGCAAGGUCAAGGAGCUGCUAGCAGAGGUGGAUGCCCGGACGCUGGCUUGGCACGUCACCAAGGUUGACUGCCUGGUUGCUAGGAUACUGGGCGUUACCAAGGAGAUGCAGACCCUAAUGGGAGUCCGCUGGGGCAUGGAGCUGCUCACCCUCCCCCAUGGCCGGCAGCUACGACUAGACCUUCUGGAAAGGUUCCACACCAUGUCCAUCAUGCUGGCCGUGGACAUCCUGGGCUGCACGGGCUCCGCGGAGGAGCGGGCAGCGCUUCUGCACAAGACCAUCCAGCUGGCGGCUGAACUUCGGGGGACGAUGGGCAACAUGUUCAGCUUCGCGGCGGUCAUGGGCGCCCUGGAUAUGGCUCAGAUUGCCCGGCUGGAGCAGACAUGGGUGACCCUUCGGCAGCGACACACGGAGGGUGCCAUCCUCUACGAGAAGAAGCUCAAGCCAUUUCUCAAGAGCCUCAACGAGGGCAAAGAAGGCCCGCCGCUGAGCAACACUACAUUUCCGCAUGUGCUGCCGCUCAUCACUCUGCUGGAGUGUGACUCGGCCCCGGCAGAGGGCCCUGAGCCCUGGGGCAGCACCGAGCAUGGUGUGGAGGUGGUGCUGGCCCACCUGGAGGCUGCCCGCACGGUGGCCCACCACGGAGGCCUGUAUCACACCAACGCAGAGGUCAAGCUGCAGGGGUUCCAGGCCCGGCCAGAGCUCCUGGAGGUGUUCAGCACCGAGUUCCAGAUGCGCCUUCUCUGGGGCAGCCAGGGCGCCAGCAGCAACCAGGCCCGGCGCUAUGAGAAGUUUGACAAGGUCCUCACUGCCCUGUCCCACAAACUGGAACCUGCUGUCCGCUCCAGCGAACUGUGACCCCCGCGGACCCCUCCCCUCUGCAGCUGCGGGCAGCAACAGGGACAGAGGGGCACAGACCUCUCCCCAGAGCACCCCAGAGACACUGUGAUCAGCCCGAGAAUGUUCUGGGCCCAAACCAGGAUCUCCCUUGCACCUCCAGGUCCUGCAUGGACCCUGGGCUCUAUCCCACCUGUUACGUGCCCACCAAGUCUCCCUUCAGGAAGAACCGGAAUCCUGUUCCUCCUCCAGCUUCUGCUUCUCCCCUUCCUGCUGAGGUGCCCUGUGUUUGAGCCAUGGGAGGGUCCUCACGCCUCCUCACUCUUCUUCAGGCAUCUGCCCACAAUGGACACCAAGGCCUCCACCCGGUUGUAAAUAUGUGUGUCUGUUCUGUAAAUAGAUGUAUAGAAGCCAUGUUCUUUCUUUCAUAUAAUAAACUUUUAUGACUCUUU